AUGGAGAUUACUGAGAGGAGGGACGAUGAGAUCAGAGAAUCGAACAAUAUUAAGUCGCAGUAUGUUUCCGAUGAACGCUACUCUCGCGACCUCAAAGCUGGUCUCCAUCCUCUACAGUACAAGUUUGCGAUUUGGUACACCCGUCGCACACCAGGGGUUAGGAACCAGACAUCUUACGAGGAUAUCAUCAAGAAGAUUGUUGAAUUUAGCACGGUUGAAGGGUUUUGGGCAUGCUAUUGUCAUCUUGCUCGUUCUUCUCUAUUGCCUAGUCCUACAGAUCUUCAUUUCUUUAAGGAUGGGAUUCGCCCCUUGUGGGAGGAUGGUGCCAACUGCAAUGGUGGAAAGUGGAUCAUACGUUUCUCCAAAGUUGUUUCUGCUCGCUUCUGGGAGGAUCUGCUUCUUGCGUUGGUAGGCGACCAGCUUGAUGAUGCGGAUAACAUCUGUGGGGCAGUACUGAGUGUCCGCUUCAAUGAAGACAUCAUUAGUGUAUGGAAUCGCAAUGCUUCUGAUCAUCAGGCAGUAAUGGGUUUGAGAGACUCAAUCAAGCGGCACUUGAAGCUGCCUCAUGCAUAUGUCAUGGAGUACAAGCCCCACGAUGCUUAUCUUCGUGACAAUUCUUCCUACAGGAACACAUGGAGAGGAUAG